AGAGUUCGUGAAGUGAAGUUCGGAACCUUGUUUUCUUCAAUCGAGAUCUCACUGCUCAGCAAUGGCGGAUCGGAGCGGGAGGUCGAAGGAGGGCUUUGUGACCUAUGGCUAUAUCCUCAUCUAUAUCGUCCUCUCCAGUGGCCAGAUCUUCUUCAAUAAGUGGGUUUUGUCAUCCAAAGAUUUCAACUUUCCCUACCCACUUGGUUUGACGUUGCUGCAUAUGUUGUUUUCGUCUGUUCUGUGCUUUGUGCUCACCAAAGUCUUUAAGAUUAUCAAAAUUGAGGAUGGAAUGACACCAGAAAUAUAUGCCACAUCAGUGAUUCCUAUUGGUGCAAUGUUCGCAAUGACCCUCUGGUUGGGCAAUAGCGCGUACCUCUACAUAUCUGUGGCAUUUGCACAGAUGUUGAAAGCUAUUAUGCCAGUAGCUGUCUUUAUUCUUGGAACAUUAGUUGGCCUUGAAGUUAUGAGCUGUAGAAUGCUACUUAUCAUGUCUGUCAUAAGUUUUGGGGUUAUUGUGGCUUCCUAUGGGGAAGUAAGCGUUAGUUGGGUUGGAGUGGUUUACCAGAUGGGUGGAGUCGUUGGUGAAGCUUUAAGACUGAUCUUCAUGGAAAUCUUUGUGAAAAGAAAAGGUGUUCGCCUGAACUCGUUGUCAGUCAUGUACUAUGUUAGCCCAUGCAGUGCACUGUGUCUGUUUAUUCCAUGGAUCUUCCUAGAGAAGUCAAAAAUGGAUUCUGCUGGCACUUGGAAUUUCCCUCCUCUUAUCUUGGCACUCAACUGUCUCUGCACUUUUGCUCUCAAUCUGUCUGUUUUUCUUGUCAUCUCAAAUACAAGCGCACUCACUAUUCGAGUUGCUGGAGUUGUCAGGGAUUGGGUAGUAGUUCUCCUGUCUGCUUUACUGUUUGCUGAUACAAAGCUUACGGUUAUAAACCUUGUUGGUUAUGGCAUUGCCAUUGUAGGGGUGGUGGCAUACAACAAUCACAAACUAAAAAAGGAGGCCUCCCGGACAAGCACAGAAGAAAGUGCAAAUGCUGAGAACCAAGAGAAAUCACAAGAAGAAGUCAGUUUGAUCCCGGUUUCAACCAGGGAAAGCACAUAGGCAUCAUGAAAAUCUCAAUAGUGAAGCUGCUUCCCAUUCUUUAGGUGUCUUGAUGCGGUGUUAUUUAUUAUUUCAAUGCGUUCAUCGCCGCCAUAUUCUCCUGCCGUAGUUUUGUGACAAGAAGCCUAUUCCAAGUAUUUGAAGAGGAGGUUCUUAACUCUACUAACAACAAAUGUGGCCUGUUCUGUAUUUCUUCUUCACAGAUUAAGAAUAUUAAACCUGUACAAACAAAACCAGAUAAUUUAUGACCUUUUAUGUCAUCAAUUAAACUCAACUAUUUUGUUCUA